AGGGAAUGACAUUCUUCUGCGGGAAUUCAGAGGACGAAUGGGGAUUAUAUUAAAGAUCAAAUAAAACUAACAUCCGAAGAGCCAUAAUGCGUAUGUUAUCAUUAAUUAGCCAAUGGAUUCCCUGUUCUUGUUACUUACAUACACAGUUGUGUACGCUGCUGGAAGCUUUACCAAACUCGCCAACUAUGUGGCUGUCGGACACUUUACUCUCUAAGUGGAAAGUUGAAAGUGACAUUUUCUUGAUUAAAACAACCGGUCUUCCUCCGCAGGGCGGCGAUAACCGUUGCAAACUCCACGCAUCGUGAUUAGCAUGGUUAGCUGCCACUAGCACGAUAGCUCACACCUUUCAGCACAGGAUGUCUUUUCGCUGCUAAAUAGAUCCUUUUCUCUUGUCAAUCUGUCGGGUCAUCACACUGCCUGGCCUGUAUUUGACACUUACACGGCGGUCACCGGGAACUUCUCCGCAAUGUUUGCUGUACAACAGCAUACGAAAUAACCUGUGUAGUCUGAUUUGCUACGAGUCGAAGUUGGGCUAGGUUGUAGCCGACUAGGUAGCGUUAAACGUUAGCCAGCGUUCAAACGAACAAGCGCCAAAAACGAUUUAUCCCACUAACCAAGGGGGGACGGAUCGGGGCAGUGCCUAUUUCAGUUCCAAACAGGUGAACAUGUCUCAGAUUUACCAUAAAAGCAGUUAAGAAUACACAUUUUUAAUCUCGUCAAGCAAAACUGCAAGUGCCGCAACCCUUGUUUUUAUUUCGUAAAUGAAAGAGCCGCAUUGUACAUCUCGUCAUGGGGACAGCUAAAGCAUGCUCUUGGCCCAGAUCAACCGGGACUCCCAGGGAAUGGCAGAGUUUCAGGAUGCGGACGGGCAGCAGGUCACCCUGUGCUUGGCGGAGGCUGUGACAGUGGCGGAUGGUGAUCCAAUGGAAAACAUGGACACAGUGAGCCUGCAGGCAGUCACCCUAGCUGAUGGCUCCACUGCCUACAUCCAGCAUGAUCCCAAAGCUUCCUUUUCAGAUGGACAGAUAAUGGAUGGCCAGGUUAUCCAACUGGAGGAUGGCUCUGCUGCCUAUGUUCAACACGUUUCCAUGCCUAAAGCAGUAGGAUCUGGCAGCUUACAGCUUGAAGAUGGACAAACUGUUCAGUUGGAGGAUGGGACAACGGCCUACAUCCAUGCACCAAAAGAAACAUAUGACCAGAGUGGCUUGCAGGAGGUUCAGCUGGAGGAUGGCAGUACAGCCUACAUCCAGCACACAGUGCACAUGCCUCCAUCCAACACUAUCUUGGCCAUCCAGGCUGAUGGCACUAUUGCAGACCUGCAGGCUGAAGCCGCCACCAUUGACCCAGAGACCAUCAGUGUGCUGGAGCAGUACACUACAAAGGUCGAGAAUGUAGAGAAUGCCUUGGGGUCCUUUGGCAGAGCCGAGCCAGACAACGGUGUCCACAUGCGGAUUGUGGUACAGGGUCAGGAUAGCAGGUCAGGAAGGGUCUCUCAUGUGGGAGAGAAGUCCUUCCGCUGUGAGCAUGAGGGGUGCGGAAAGCUUUACACCACCGCCCACCAUCUCAAGGUGCACGAGCGCUCCCACACUGGAGACAAACCAUACGUAUGUGACUAUCUUGGCUGUGGGAAGAAGUUUGCGACAGGGUAUGGACUGAAGAGUCACUCUCGCACACACACUGGGGAGAAGCCAUACAGAUGUCAAGAGCCUAACUGCCGCAAGUCCUUCAAAACCUCUGGAGACCUCCAAAAGCACACUCGGACACAUACAGGAGAGAAGCCAUUCAGGUGCCCUGUUGAAGGCUGUGGCCGGUCGUUCACCACCUCCAACAUCCGCAAGGUUCACAUCCGAACACACACCGGUGAGAGGCCAUACUACUGCACUGAGCCCAGCUGUGGACGGUCCUUUGCCAGUGCCACCAACUACAAGAACCACAUGAGGAUUCACACUGGAGAGAAACCUUAUGUGUGCACUGUGCCUGGAUGUGAGAAGCGCUUCACAGAAUACUCUAGCCUCUACAAGCACCAUGUAGUCCAUACACCCUGCAAGCCUUACAACUGCAACCAUUGUGGCAAGACAUACAAGCAGAUCUCCACGCUGGCUAUGCACAAACGUACAGCUCACAACGACACUGAGCCCAUUGAAGAAGACCAGGAGGCAUACUUUGAAACCCCUGCAGAUGCCAUUGAUGACUCUGGUGUGACCUACACAACAACAGUGGUGGAUGCUGAUGACUCUGGCUCCGAGCAGGUUCCCAUGGAGAGCUCAGAGAUUCUGGGACAGCAGCAUGUUGCCUUGGUUACAGGGGAGGAUGGAACUCAACAGCAGGUCAGCAUCUCUGAAGCAGACUUACAGGCAAUGGGUGGCACCAUAACCAUGGUAACCCAAGAGGGGACCACCAUAACAAUUCCAGCUCAUGAACUGACAACACAAGGGGCUCACUCAGUCACCAUGGUGACCACAGACGGCUCAGACGGACAGGUGGCGAUCAUGACACCCGACAUGGCCUCAUUCCAAGCAGUUGAGGGCGGGUACAGCCAAGAACAGGAUGAUAUUCACCCUGUUACCUUUCUGGCCACCUCUAAUGGCACCCACAUUGCUGUGCAGCUUGGGGAUCAGCCAUCCCUGGAGGAAGCCAUCAGAAUAGCGUCAAGAAUUCAGCAAGGAGAGUCACCAGGCCUGGAUGAUUGAUGGCAAAAUCGCUCAGAUCAUGGACUUUGAUUUAGAUUCAAAACCAUCUAAAAUGGACUAGUAUCAAAGAGAAAUCACUUGUCUUCCAUUGUAUUUGUUCCGUUUUCACAAAUGAAGUUAGCUUUUAUGUGUACAUAGGAUUUUGAUAACUGGAGUUUCGUUAUAAUCUGCUUUUGCCUUCAUCUGAAAAAAAUUGGAGGGAAUAAUGCUUUCUAAUGUUUAUGGUGCACAAUGCACACAGUAAUGUACAGUCAUUGCUAUUCUAUUAAAAUUAUUAAAAUAAGAUUGUGUGAAUGGUGAAAUGCUAAUAACCGAACCCUUAUACAUUUUGUUCCCCAAGUUACGUUUGGCAAAAGAAGUAAAUAA